ACUUUUUGACAGUCGACGAUUUCCUCGUGUUGUUGUCAUGUAUCUGUCAGUUUAGCAUUUUCAUUGAUAAAGUCAAAAAUGGCACAACGGACGUGGCAUAUGUUUACCUCGAUAACUUUAAUAUUUACAGUUUUAUCAAUUGUUGGAGAUGUUUUGUCUCAGUCGGCAGCACCUUGGUACGAGAAUAUGCCGGCAGUUACGAUGGACUACAAAGUACAUAUAGAUGCAGGCAAAGAAGAUUGUUACUAUCAAUAUGUCCCGUCGGGUGCUACAUUUUAUGCCAGUUAUCAGGUGUUGAAAGGCGGCGACGGAAUGUGCGGUUUUGCGGUGCGGCACCCUAACGGUCAAAUAGUGCACCCAUACGAGUGGCGGCAGAGCGCGGAGUAUGCGGACCAAUCCUCUUCGGGAGGAUAUUAUGCAGUGUGCAUCGAUAACCAAUUCUCAAGAUUUGCUGGGAAACUAGUCAAUUUGUAUUUGUCGGUAAUUAGGUACGACAUGUGGGAGAAAUACGCAAAGGAAGUUGAGGAACUGGACAUGAAUAUUAAGAAUUUCACUAACUCAAUCCAGUUUGUGGAGAGGAACAUCAAUGACAUCCUGCAGUACCAGUACCACUCCAGGGCAAGAGAGUCCAGAGACUACAACUUGUUACAGGACAAUAAUGUAUAUGUGCUCAGAUGGUCUGCGAUACAAAUCCUGGCUAUAGCAACCACGGCUACACUACAAGUAUACUUUGUGAGGAAACUAUUUGAAGUGAAGGAGAACUCGUCAAAGACAAGAAUAUGAUUACAUUCCCCAAAACAUACGAAUUUACUUACUGUUACUCUCCGACUGAUCUUCCAUUCCAACUGAAAUUAUUGUUGAUCUCUCUUGUUCAUCAUUUUGUUAGCUUGUUUAUUGUGUUCAUUGGUGUAUAUAGCUGGCAACACAACUCAACAGAGAUACAUAUUAAGCUCCAUUUUAUUAGCACAUUUUUAAACGGUUGUUAUGUAUGUGAAAUCUCGUUUUUCUUGUGGGUUAAAAGCUGGUGUAUACGAUACGUACGGCUGGUUUUAUUAAUCCAAGUUUUUGGCUAAUUGUAGUCGAAUUAAUGUUGAAAUAAUAUAUUUUUUAAUAUGCAUUUUUUUAAAUAGAAUAUAUUCGUUUUCACAUACAGAGCUAUCUCUUACCUGGUGUGGUAAUAAAGUGGAGCUGCUUAUUGAACAUAAGAACUAAUCUUACCCUCGCUCGUUCCUAUCACAUUUUCUGAGAUUAUUUUAAUUUUUCUUGUUUAUUUUUCUUCGAACCAGUAACAAAUUCUGCGCACAAAUUUAGUUCAUAGUUUAAGUACAAGCUUUUUUAUUUUUUUAUACAAAAGACAUAAAAUCGUUUUCUAUACAUUAUUAUUAAUAAGUUUAACUUUUCAGAGUUUAUUUUUUGAUCGAAAUAUUGAAGGAUCUGAUUAUAAUAAUGACAUUUUAAAAUAUUUUUGAUAAGAAUUGGAUAUUUAUUAUUUAUUUGCUUUUUGACAAUGCUCUUAACAUUAUUAAUUUUAUUUUGUUGUUAAUCUGUUAGGUUAACCCAGCAUUUAACAAACGAGUGUUUGAGUAAUGAAUGACCG